UGGAGAUCACAGUGAUGUCAGGACAAGGGAGGGCUUACCGCUGCGGAUAAGGCCCGCUAAUGGAGAUGAAACCAAUCGGUAUUUAAAAGGUCUUUUUUAGUUAAGGCAGUUAGGCUGGCAGGUAGUGUGCCGGCGUGGCGGGAAGGAGUUGACGCACGAAACGGGACGCUUCCGGUGGGAUGUUGCAGGAUUUUUUUAUUGGAUUUUUUUUAGUCUGAACGGAAACAAAGAUUUUCACUGGAUUUCCAAGCAUCCCCGUGGUGGCCAGAGGCACUUAUAAUGACCCCCAGGGAACAGCUGAGGAAGAUGACGGCGCUGGGAGAGCAGGGCGCUUUGGACGAGAAGCACUGGUACCGCCUCGUCAACGGAAUGUCGGCAAACGCAGAGUUAAGGCAGAGACAGGAGAUGAUCAUGAGGAACCAGAUGGCCAUGGCGCCACAGAUUCUCGCACAGGGCCAGCAGAGGUUACAGGGAGUGCCAACACCAUUUGAACCGCGAUUCAUGGAAAGGGAGUUGGUCCCUCCAACUGAGAUGGUAGCUCCUGACGGCAGGCAGAUGCACAUGGGACCUCACUUGGGCCCCCCUCUGGCGCCACAUGCUGGUGUCCUUCCAGGAAGGAGCUUUCCAGGAGCAGCUGGCUAUGGUUUCCUAGCCUCAGAGCCCAUGGAAACAGUUGCCCGACGACAAGAACUAAUUCACAAGCAAAACAUGGCGAGAAUGGAGAUGAAUGCCAUCCUGCAUCAGAAAGAACUGGAGAACGCCCAACAAAAGGGUCUAAUGGCCAUGGAGAACCCUAUGUCCUACCCUUCCAACCCCUUGGCCUUCAGAGGUCGCCAACGCAUGCCCGAUGGCCACGACGUCUUCGUCCACCGCCCCACAUUGGACGACCUCCACUCCAACAGCAUCCUCAUGUCGGCAAGCCCCUACCCCCCCAUCGGCACACUGCACAGAGAGCGAGGCCGGCGGGUGGGCAGGCGUCCCGCGGCCCACAAGAGCGCAGACCAUCCCGCCGGCCACGUCAAGUGCUUGGCAGAGGACAAAAGUGUGGAGAGGAGUCCAGGAGGUGCGUCCGGCGGGGAGGAGAAGGAGUUGGAAGUGAAGUCAGACGUAGGGGAGGAGAGCGCAACCGGCAAGAUGCAUAACCCGGUAAAAGCUGAUUCUGAAGCAAUUGGGGGAGGAAGGAAGAGCUACAAGGAGGGCGAGACGGGCCUCCAUAAAAGUGGCGCUCCGGACCAAUGCGCAGACACCAGCAACAGUGGAAGCAAUGACAAGGACGUUCCUAGCCAGUGCGCCCCCUUCCAAGAGAAGUUCAUGUACCCCUCAGGAGGCAUGCCUUACAUGUUCCCCGUUGCUGGGAAUGGUUUCCUACCACCUGGUCCGCCAAAUCUCUUCCUAAACAGUGAUGAGGUGUCAGAGGACAUUAGGAAGUGGAGUGUCAACGAUGUUUACAACUUUAUCAAUAACAUCCCAACAUGUUCAGAGUAUGCUCAGACGUUCAAAGACCACAUGAUUGAUGGCGAGACGCUGCCCCUACUUUCAGAAGAACAUUUGCUGGACACACUGGGACUGAAGCUGGGGCCUGCUCUGAAGAUUCGCUCACAGGUGUCCAGGCGCAUGGGCGGCAUGCUGUACAUGGUGAACCUUCCGCUCCCCGCUGGCCCACUACAGGCCGCCCCCGACAAACCAGGAGACCAUUCAUCAGAGAUGGGCUCUCCGGUGAACUGCAACAGCGACGAGAUUAUGAUGAUGGCGUCGAGCCCCCGGGAGGCCGUCGAUGCCCUCAAACCCAUUGAGAACCUCUGCGAGCCGGACAACAACUCCUCUCAUUCUAAAGAGUUAUCCGUUGAGCCCAUUUGAACUCUUAUGGCUAACCAAAACAGCAGCACUUACCACUAGCAGUGUUUGGUUGAAGAUUAAUUUGCGUCAUGUGGAAAAGUACAUAAUCACAAUUAGCGUUCCUGUACACACCGACAAACAGUAUGUUCGCUGGAGAAAAAAAUGUGUGUUUCUAUGUUGCCGUUACAGAGGUAUGCAUUACAAUAACAUGGUGAAACAAAUGAGAAAAGUGGAAAAAAUUACCUGUUAGAUAGAUUUAUGUAUGUAUUUAUUUUUGCAAUAUUACUGAAAUUUGUCAAACUUUUUUAAAAUGGUUUAAAUGAAUUAUAAAUAAAGGUUAAGUUUUUUUUUAUAUUGGAAGUUCAUGCUCACAUUAGUAAACUCAAAUCAAGAUUUAUUGUCAUUAUUGAACAAGACAAAACUGGAGGAUUAGUAAUAAUAAAAA